AUGGCGGCCGUCGCUCUCCUCCUCUCCUUCCUCUUGAUCCGCACACCGGAGUUUGCGUUUCUUGCGCGGGCGGAGGACGCCGAUCGCCCCCCCGACGCGAGGGUUCAAUCAAUGGCGGACGGCACGGUGGUGCCGGCGGAGCUCUGGUGCGUGGCGAAGAACAACGCCGACGACGGUCCGCUGCAGGCGGCUCUAGACUGGGCCUGCGGGCUGGGAGGAGCCGAUUGCCGGCCUAUCCAGCAAGGAGGCGCCUGCUUCGAGCCCAACGACAUCCAGUUCCACGCCUCCUACGCCUUCAACGACUACUACCUCCGUAAUGGCGUCUCCCAGCAGGCCUGCGACUUCGGCGGCACCGCGGCCCUCACCUCCCUCAACCCAAGUGAGCUCUGCCGUCGCCUCCGUUCAUCCCCUCUGAUUCCGCUGCCUCGCAUUAACGUUAACAUUUCCUUCUCCUUGUUUAUUUGCUAGGCAACACGAAUUGCCGGUUCUCUUCCAGGUAAACUCCUCUGCUUCCGCAAUCGCCGAGUCCAUCCAUCUGCAAUCUCCUCCGCUGAGAGAAUUUCUUCUUGCAGCUCCUCGACGAAGAACGGCAGCUUCACCGGGUCGGCGGCGGGGACGGCCGCCGGGCGAGGCCCCGCCGGUGCCGAUAUCAGCGGCGGGAGCAUUGGGGCCAGGUGGGCGCGCCCUCCGACGCUGGCUGUCCUCCUUGCGAUCUCCGCCGCCAUCGCCUAG